AGUUGUUAAUGAAAAGAAAUGGGGGAUUUUGAAAUUUACCCAUUAGUUUUCUCUCUUUCUUCAUGCCUUCCUUCCUUCCUUCCUUCCUCAUUCCAAACCAAACUGUUACCUUCCCCCCAACGCAGUUCACUACUUAAAGAAUAACUUGAAGAGCCAUUUUUCAUAAAACUCAGAAUCACCACAAACUACACUGCAAAACCUCUCACCUGCAACAAUGUCCCGUCGCGGCUCUAACCAAUCGGAUUUCAACCGUCCGCAGCAAUCUUCGGCUUCUUCUUCCGCUGCCGGAGGCCGAGGCCGCGGUCGCGGCCGCGGGCAUUCUGCUCCGUCUCCUCCGGCUCAAACAUUUUCCCCUCGUCCUGCACAAACAUCAUCCGCUGCUUCUCCGGCCCCGUCUACCGCCGCUCCUCCCCGUGCCGUGGCGCCUGUCCCUGCAUCAGCAGGACCGGGUUCAUCCCGCCCUCCGCCAGUCCAAGCCUCGCCGGCGCCAGUUCCUGGAUUGGGAGCGGUUGCUACAACGGCUCCGCCGGCAGUUCAAACAGUUACUUCUGCGCUCGAGAAGCAACUUACAUUGGAGACGUCAGCACCGUCAUCGUCGAAGGCUAUGAGAUUCCCAGACCGGCCAGGAUUUGGGAGAGCGGGAAGGAAGAUCCAAAUUAGAGCAAAUCAUUUUCAAGUGAAAGUUGCGGUGCCCGAAAUAUAUCACUACGAUGUGGCAAUCACUCCGGAGAUUACUUCGAAGAAGGUUUCCAGAGAUGUUAUCGACUUGUUGGUUCGAGCACACUGUGAAUCGAUUCUGGGAAAUCGCAUGCCCGCAUACGAUGGACGAAAAAGUCUUUUCACCGCCGGACCUCUCCCUUUUGAAAUUAAGGAAUUUAAGGUCAAACUGGGAGAUAACGAUGAACUAAGGAAAAAGCGUGAACGUGAGUUUAGGGUCACAAUCCGAUUUGCUUCGAAGACUGACCUUAAUCACCUUACUCAAUUUCUCGCUCGCCGUCAGUUGGACUGCCCACAGGAAACUAUUCAGGCCCUUGAUGUUGUUCUGCGGGCUACACCUUCUGAGAUGUUUGAUGUGGUUGGGAGAUCCUUUUUUUCUCCUGCAUUGGGUCCGAAAGGACCGUUGGGUAGUGGAACCGAAUAUUGGCGGGGGUAUUACCAGAGUCUUCGCCCAACUCAGAUGGGCCUGUCCCUUAAUAUUGAUGUCUCAGCUAGGGCAUUUUAUGAGGCCAUUCCUGUCCUUGACUUCGUUUCGAAGAAUUUUAGACUCGAUCUACGCAGGCCUUUGCCUGAUCAGGACCGAAUUAAGAUUAAGAAAACUUUGAGAGGAAUCAAGGUCCAAGUUAAUCAUGGACAGAAUAUUAGACGUUACAAAGUCACUGCAGUAACAAAAGAGCCGCUCAGAGCCUUAAUGUUUACUGAUGAAAAUGGAACCAACAAAUCUGUUGUUCAGUAUUUCCAAGAGAAAUAUAAUAUUUCAUUGCAGUAUACACAGCUUUCUGCUCUUCAAGCUGGUAGUGACACUAAGCCAAUAUUUUUGCCUAUGGAGCUUUGUCAAAUUGUUGCUGGACAGAGAUACACCAAGAGAUUAAAUGAAGAUCAAGUGACUGCUCUUUUAAAGGCCACAUGUCAGCGCCCUCGUGAGAGGGAAGACUCCAUCAGACAGAUUGUGAGGCAGAGAAAAUUCAGCACGGACAAAUUUGCCCGCCAUUUUCAAAUUCAAGUCAGGGAGGAUCCAGUAGUACUUGAUGCUCGUGUAUUACCUCCUCCUAUGCUUAAAUACCAUGGAUCGGGAAGUGAAUCACAGAUUCAACCAAAUAUGGGACAGUGGAAUAUGAUUAAUAAGAAAAUGAUUGCUGGUGGUACUGUUGAACACUGGACUUGCCUAAACUUUUCUGGAAGAAUACACAGAGAUCUGCCAUAUCAACUUUGUCAGAAUUUGGCUGAAAUGUGUAACAGCAGGGGAAUGCGGUUUAAAGAAAGUCCUGUAGUACCAAUCACAUCAUCUCCAAGUGGUCAAAUAGAGAAUGCCCUUGGGAACCUGCAUAAGCAGUGUAAACGGGCGAAUGUAGGGCUCCAAUUGUUGAUUAUAAUUUUACCUGACGUCAAGGGGUCAUAUGGGAAAAUAAAGCGCAUCUGUGAAACAGAAUUAGGAAUAGUAUCUCAGUGUUGCCAGCCCAAACAAGUGGUAAAAAUGAGCAGGCAAUAUCUUGAAAAUCUGGCCCUCAAGAUAAAUGUGAAGGUGGGUGGUACAAACACGAUGUUGAAUGAUGCAUAUGUGCAUAGAAUACCUCAUGUCUCCGAUGUACCGACGAUAAUAUUUGGUGCAGAUGUUACGCAUCCCCAGCCAGGGGAGGACAGUAGUCCUUCCAUUGCUGCAGUGGUGGCAUCCAUGGAUUGGCCUUUUGUAACAAGGUACAAAGGAGUUGUUUCUGCGCAGAAACAUCGCGAUGAAAUGAUACACGAUCUUUAUAUUGGAGAUUCGGCAAGGGGAAUUCCACCUUCAGGAAUUAUCAGGGAGUUGUUUCGGGCUUUCCGAAAUUCAACUAAUCGUAAACCGGAGAGAAUUAUAUUCUACAGAGAUGGUGUAAGUGAAGGACAGUUUAAUCAAGUGCUUCUUUAUGAAAUGGACGCCAUAAGAAAGGCUUGUAGCUCUUUAGAACCGGGUUAUUUACCCCCAGUUACUUUUGUGGUGGUCCAGAAGAGGCACCACACUCGGUUGUUCCCUGCCGAUCACGGAGCACGAGCACGUGAUAGUACAGAUAGAAGUGGAAAUAUAAUGCCAGGUACUGUAGUUGAUACAACUAUAUGUCAUCCUCGGGAAUUUGACUUUUAUCUGAAUAGUCAUGCUGGAAUUCAAGGAACAAGCCGACCAACUCAUUACCAUGUAUUGUUCGAUGAGAAUAAAUUUACUGCUGAUGAGUUGCAAAUUUUGACCAAUAAUUUGUGUUACACCUAUGCAAGGUGCACAAAAUCAGUUUCAAUAGUUCCUCCCGCUUAUUAUGCCCAUUUGGCCGCUUUCCGUGCUCGCUAUUACAUUGAAGGUGACACAUCGGAUGCUGGUUCUUCAACUGGAGGUAAGGGUAUUUCAGCCAGCUUUGAGGUUAAAUUGCCUUCGGUGAAGGGUAAUGUCGCCGACGUGAUGUUUUUCUGUUGAAGACUCAAGAUGGUUUUCUGUAAAGAUCUGUGGAAAAAUCUCUGGUGUUGCCAAAUCCUUUUUUGGUCUAAACAUUUUGGCAUCAUGUCUUUUUGGUCUGAAAACAUAGCUGCGCCGCCACGUACAGAGUUUUUUGGUUCUCUAGAACAAUUCUGAGAAGUGAAAUACGAUUAUGACUUUGUAAGGGCAUAACAUUUGUUUUACUUUAUUGAUGGCUAAGAUUUAAUUAAA